AUGAAGGAACUCUUUAAAUGGUCAGCUGGAGUGUUUUUCAAAACUGAUUUUAAAAUUGUUCCAAGCUACGUAAAGCAUUCAGCCAAACCUUCUCGUCCUAAAAAAACCCAUCGACCUCCUUCAAGGCGUAAAGACAAUUCAGCUAAAAGAAAUGAAGUUUUAUCUUCUUCAGAUAUAUCUACUAGUUUAUCUUUUUCUAAAAGAAGACGUUCUUUAUCUCUUAAAUUUCAGAAAAGCAAUGCUUACCUUCGUGGUCGACAAAGUAGAGCUAACUUUGAGUCUCAAGGAAAAACAAGCUUUGGUGAUUUAAAACCCUCACGCUUCUUCAGUUUCAAAUCCCUAAGACUGCGGUCUAGCCCUAGACUAAGUAUGGUUACUUGUUAUGAGGACUCUAAUAAUUUUGAUUUUCAAUCAAGUAGUCAGAACACAUUUUUUCUGAGUGAAAUUGAAAUCAUUUCUAGAAACUCAAGAAUUACUGAUGUUCGAAGAUACACGAGUUCUUUUCUUCCUGAAUAUAGCACUAUGCAAUUAACGAUUGAAACAAGAAUUAAUUACUCACCCCAAUGGACUUCUAUAGAGAAAACCACCUAUCAACAAGACAAAGCAACCUUUAAUUCUCUCCCAACUCUCAGUAGCUUUUCCGAUGAGCCAAGUGGAAUUCUCUCUGAGGAUGAAGAAAGAGACCAGAUAAGGAAAGAUUCCCUUCAUUUUGAUUCUCAAAGGCGUGGUACAAAUUAUUCUACGGCUUUAAUUCAACAGCAUCCUUCUCAACGUAACAGGACAGGAUUUGAAUAAAUCAAAGUGAUUUAUUUGCAUUGUAUGUCACCAAAAGCAAAGGUG